CUCCAAAUCUACCAAAAUCCACAGUAAAGUUAUUAAGGUAGGCCACAGUCCUCAUACUACCCACAACCCAAACCCUAAUCUUUUCACCAUCAUCACACUUUACCUUCUCUCAAACCUCAUCAAAUCUAUCUCAAAAUCAAAAAAUACCAUGAUGAUUUGAUGCAUAAAGCUCACACCUUUAUCCAUGAAAUCCUCUUUCUUCACUCUCAUUCUCAUCUUCCUCCUUGUAUCUAUAUCUGUAUCUAUAUCUGCUGCACCAGAUAACACCAAGUUGGUUUACAAAGGAUGUGCAAACCAACCUCUUCCAGAUCCAAAUGGGGUCUACUCAUCUUCCCUUUCCGCCAUUUUUGGCACACUCAUUCAACAAUCUUCAAAAGCAAAGUUCUUUAAAACCACCAGUGGCAGUGUUUCUGGUCUGUUUCAGUGUAGAGGAGAUCUCACCAAUGUUGAGUGUUACACUUGUGUUAGCAGGCUGCCUAUAUUAAUGGAUAAACUUUGUGGGAAAACUGUCGCUGCAAGAAUCCAGCUUUUGGGGUGUUACAUGCUCUAUGAGGUUUCUGGGUUUGCUCAAAUAUCUGGAAUGGAGUUGUUGUACAAAACAUGUGGGAAGAAAAGCAAUGCAGGUGGGAAUUUUCAACAAAUAAGGGAUUCUGCUUUUUCUUCUUUGGAAAGUGUUGUGGGAAGUGGGAAUGGUGGGUUUUAUACAACAAGUUAUGAGUCUGUGUAUGUGUUGGGACAAUGUCAAGGUGAUUUAGGGGCUUCUGAUUGUGGAAACUGUGUGAAAAGUGCUGUGCAAAGGGCUCAAGUUGAAUGUGGAACCUCUGUUUCUGGUCAAAUUUAUCUUCAUAGAUGUUUCAUUAGUUAUAAUUAUUAUCCUAAUGGGGCCUCAACAAAAAAUAGACCAGAUUCAUCUUCUUCAUACUCAUCAGAUUCAUCUUCUUCACCUUCAUCUUCUAGUUCAUCAGGAUCUAAUCCGGGGAGAACAGUUGCAAUAAUAUUGGGAGGGGCUGCAGGUGUUGGGUUUAUAAUUGUGAUCUUGUUGAUUGCUAGAAAAGCAAUGAAGAAAGAUGAUGAUUACUGAUUGAAGAACCAAAAGAAUACAAUUUUGGAGGUGAAGAUGGAGGUGGAAGCUAUUUGUUUUUGGUAGAUUUAGAUGAUAUGAAUGUCUAGAACAUUGUAAUUGUAAUUGUAAGAAUGAAUGAAUGAAUGUUUGUUAAUGGUGAUGUAUUUAUUUUUAUUUUUGAUGAUUAUAAAUUACAGGUUCAAGGCCA